AUGGUGAAUGUUCCUAAGACCCGCCGGACAUUCUGCAAGAAAUGUGGGAAGCACCAACCCCACAAGAUGACCCAGUACAAGAAGGGCAAGGAUUCUUUGUAUGCCCAGGGAAAGCAGCGUUAUGACAGGAAACAGAGUGGCUAUGGUGGUCAGACUAAGCCUAUUUUCUGCAAAAAGGCUAAAACUACAAAGAAGAUCGUGCUGCUACCGGAGUGCGUCGAGCCCAACUGCAGAUCUCAGAGGAUGCUGGCUAGUAAGAGGUGCAAGCAUUUUGACCUGGGAGGCGACAAGAAGAGAAAGGGCCAAAUGAUCCAGUUCUAA